AUGCAUCUACCGAACGGCGAGCCCACGAUACGCUUUGGUGAAAUUCCGAAAGAGCGUGUCGAGAAGGUGUACAGCAAUGGUACACUAGAUACACAACAGAAUGGAACGUACUCCAAUGGUUGUGCGCCCACCAAUCGCCAUGUUUCCGACUCAAAUGAGGUGGACAUAUACGUUCCCAAAGAUCUGCCACAAGAUUCAAUACUGGAUACUGUUCUUGCGGCUUGGAUUGUACUCAUCCAGCGAUACCAGCGAGAUGUGUUUCACCAGUUCACAUGGGGGGCCAAAGAUGCUGAAAAAGACAAGAUACAAUGCAUUUCAGCAGGUGAUCUAGACUCACCCAGUCACGAGACAUGUGACAGUCUGACCACGAAGUUGAGAAACCUGAGAUUGAGAAAUAUCUCCGGUGACGAAACCACUAUCUUCUUGAACGACGGAACAUCUGAAGAAUGGAGCUUCGAAGUGUCGCUCAAGUUUACGCGAGGUUCACUCCAAGCAGUGUCCCGAUGGCAGGCUCCGAAUUUGUCUGGUCACCAAGCUGUUUCGCAGCUUCAUUUCUUUGUUUCUAUACUUGAUACCCUAUUUUCCGAGCCAGAACACCCAAUCUCGAACUUUCUUGCCGUGUCCGAGAACGAACUUGAAGAGAUAUGGAAUUGGAAUACGCCUAUGCCACCAGAUCUACGAAUCUGUAUGCACGAGAUGGUGUCUGAACAAGCGCAAAAUAAACCGGAGAAAACCGCGAUAGAAGCAUGGGAUGGAAGCUUGACAUAUCGCCAAGUGGAUGAUUACUCGACCCAUCUGGCGCAAAACCUGCGAUUACUGGACGAUUCGGAAAAGCAAAUCAUUCCAGUUCUAUUCGAAAAGUGUAGAUGGACAGUUGUCGCAGUGCUCGCCGUAAUGAAGGCGGGCGCGUGUUUUGCACUCCUUGAUCCUGCGCAGCCCGAAGGACGAUUGCGUACGGUUGUACAGCAGAUCAAUGCCUCACUGCUUAUCGCAUCAAAGACGCAAGCUACGCUUGGUGCACGUAUUGCACCCUCUGCGACUAUCAUCCCUAUUGCCGAAUCAAAAUUCGACAAAAUCCACGGGCCAUACGCCGAGCAGCAGCCCAAGACAACACUUCCGACCGUAUCGCCAUCCGCAGCACUCUAUAUUCAAUUCACAAGUGGAAGCACGGGUCUGCCAAAGGGAUGCAUCAUUUCGCACAGUCAAUAUACCUCCGGGGCGAUGCCACGUGCGUACGAUGUAGGCUACCGAUCACAUUCUCGUGUCCUGGACUUCGCAAGCUAUGCUUUUGAUGUGUGUAUUGACUCCAUGCUUUGUACUCUGGCACACGGUGGAACUCUUUGCACGCCUUCUGAAGACCGUCGAAUGAACGAUCUUAGUGGAGCGAUGCGAGACAUGCGUGUCACUCUAGCAGGCAUGACUCCUUCCGUUGCGAGAACGUUAGACGUGGACAUUCUAGAUCAUCUUGACUCUAUCGCACUUGGGGGUGAAGGUGUAUCAGCCAGCGAUGCGGCUACCUGGGGCCAAAGAACCAAGGUCGUCAACGCAUAUGGACCUUCAGAAUGUACCGUCGGAGCUACCAUCAAUGCGGAUGUAGGUGCCAAACCGUACAUUACCAUGGGCAAAGGCAAAGGAUGCGCAGUAUGGCUAACAGAGCCCAACAACCACAACAAACUUGUGCCCAUUGGUGCUGUGGGCGAGCUACUCAUUGAGGGCCCGAUCGUUGGUGACGGCUACCUGAACAACCCAGCGAAAACGAAGGAGGUGUUCAUUGAAGAUCCAGAGUUCCUUAUCCAGGGAAGCAAGACUAUGCCUGGUCGCCACGGACGAAUGUACAAGAGCGGUGAUCUUGUGCGUUACGAUCCUGACGGUAAUGGUGAGGUCAUCUUCGUUGGACGCCAGGACCAGCAGGUCAAACUUCGUGGACAACGAAUCGAGCUUGCUGAGAUUGAGUACAAUAUGCAGAAGCAUCUUCCUUCAGACACCCAGCUUGCGGCUGAAGUUAUCAAGCCCGGCGGCACUGGGGAGCCCACGCUUGUUGCCUUCUUGGUUGAGCAAAAGAAAAGCGGUAUGCGACAUCUUGACGGCAACGUCUUCGGCAGCUUUUCCAAUAAGUUCCAGACAGCUCUGCAGGAGAUGACAAAGGAGCUCUUCAAGAACCUGCCUGGCUAUAUGGUUCCGAGCGCAUACAUUCCAUUGUGGAAGAUGCCUCUGCUUGUGUCGUGCAAGACGGAUCGAAAGCGGCUUCGCGAAGUUGGUGUUUCAGUCACGCGACAAGAUCUCAGGCGGUUCAACGCUAUUAUGUCGGAGAAAAAGGAACCGACCACAGAGAUGGAGCUCAAGCUUGGCCAACUCUGGGCGCAAGUUCUAGGUGGUGACGCGGACUUCAGCGCCAACGACAACUUUUUCAGCAUGGGUGGUGACUCUCUCAGGGCUAUGAAGCUGGUGGCUGCUGCGCGGGCAGACGGAGUGAUUCUUACGGUUCCAGACAUCAUGAUGAACUCGACACUUUCGGCCAUGGCCGCCAAAACAAAACCGCUGUCUGGUGAAGAGGACAGUGAGAUCCUUCCAUUCGCUUUGAUUCCCAAGGAUUGGGACAUGGAGAAAGCAAGGGACGAAAGUGCUGAGCUUUGUGGCAUCGAUGCUUCUCUAGUUGAGGAUGUCUAUUCAUGCACCCCCCUCCAAGAAGGCUUGAUGGCACUUUCCGCCAAGUUCCCAGAUGCGUAUGUCGCUCAGCGUGUUGUGACACUUCCAGUGGAAGCAGCAGAGAAAUUGAAGAGAGCUUAUGAUACAACCGUUGAGGAUUCCCCGGUUCUGCGAACACGAAUGAUCAACGUACCUGGCCGUGGCCUGUUCCAGGUCGUGCUCAAGGACGGACUACUGGUCCGCGAUCAUGGUACUGACCUCUCGGAGUAUCUUAAGUUGGACCGCGAGGAGCCAAUGGAUCUGGGAAAGGCUUUGUUCCGCUACGGAGUGGUUCGUGAACCUCAAAGUGACAAAGCACACUUCGUCAUCUCGAUGCAUCAUGCCAUUUACGAUGGAUGGUCGAUGCCUUUAGUCUUUGAACGUAUCAAUCGUGCGUUCAAUGGCCUCAAGACAAUUCGCCCUACAACCUUCAAGCACUUCAUCAAGUAUCUCACGAACCUGGAUCCCAGUGAAACAAAGAGCUACUGGAAAGAAAGACUGGAUGGUGCCAACCCCUAUCAAUUUCCUCCUCUACCGCAAAAAGGGUACAUCACUCAAGCCGAUUCGUUGCUUGAGCACUACGUCAAUGUUCCGACUUCUGCACACUCCAGACUUACCCUCGCCACUAUCAUUCGUGGUGCAUGGGCGCUCGUUUCGUCGCUUUACAUGGGCCAUCCUGACAUAAUUUUUGGUGAGACUACAACUGGUCGUUCCGCUCCCGUGCACGGUAUCGAGGAGAUCGAGGGACCAAUGAUUACCACCAUCCCUGUGCGCGUCCGUCUGAAUCUCGACCGUCCUAUCUCCGAGUUUUUGCAGACUGUGCACGCACAGACAGUACAGCAAAUUCCACACGAGCAUCUUGGUCUGCAAAAUAUCCGUCGCCUGAGCAAGGACGCUCGUGGAGCAUGCGAGCUGCGUACAGGUCUGGUCCUCAACCCCAAGGAGGAAGAAAACUUUGGAGAAGAGACCUUCGAACAUGCGCCAGCAAAUGCCUUCCUUCCCGCUGAUGAUGCUGAGGCAGCAAGAGAGGCAUUGAAAUUCAAUACUUAUGCGCUUAUGCUUGUCUGUACAUUGGACGAAAACGGCUUCUUGAUCAUGGCCAGUUUCGACUCAAAGUGUAUCACUUCACCGGCUAUGGAGAAAGUGCUUGUGGUGCUAGAUCGUAUCGUCACUGCGUUUCUUGGUAACCCUGAGAGCAAGUUGGGUGAUAUUGCAGUCUUAGAUCCUGAAGAAGAACAAGAUGCGCUAAGGUUGAGGCCGACGGACAUGAUGACGGAUAGUGCGAUACAGAUGUCGCCAUCGAAUGGUUAUACCCCUGGCAACACUCCUGCCCAGGCACUGUCUGCGAAUGGAGAGAAGCUCCGCAGUCUCUUGAGCCGUAUUCUCGGUAUGCCGGAGACGGAUAUCAAGCCAGAAGACAGCUUCUUCGAACUUGGCGGUGACUCCAUCAGUGCUAUGAGACUUGUGCCAGAGGCAAGAGCGCAAGGGCUCAACAUCACGGUCGCUCAGAUCUUCCAGAGUUCGUCGCUGUUCGAGCUAGCUGCGUCGAUAGGCAACGAGAAAGAAGACAAGCUUCUUGAUCUACUCAGUCGCAUUCUGGGCAUGCCUAAGAGCGAUAUCAGCCCUAACGACAGUUUCUUCGAACUUGGAGGAGAUUCUAUUAGUGCCAUGCGUCUUGUACCUGAAGCUCGUGCACAAGGUUUGAACAUCACUGUUGCGCAGGUCUUUCAGAGCAAAUCCCUCUCUGAACUUGCUUCUGCUGCUGAAGAGUCUUCGUCAACACAGUCCGAAAUCAAGGUCGAUGCGCCUUUCGUUGCCCUUGGUGCCGAUGCCUCUUUAUUUAGCGCCGAUCGCAUGUGUGCCUAUCUGGAGAAUCCGGAGUGGGAAAUCGCAAACAUCUAUCCCACACGGCCGCUUCAACAACUCGCUGUCGAAGGCACAGUUGAUCUUCCACGAUAUUCGCUACGCUACGAGCUCAUGAAGUUCGCUACGGCUAUCGACCGCCAGAAGCUUGCUCAAGCUUGCCAGGAGCUUGUAGCUCGCAAUGAAGUCUUGCGCACCGUCUUCGUUCAAGACGAUAGGAAGACGCUUGGUGUAGUAAUCUCCUCACUGCAAGUGCCAUACUGUGAAGUUGCUGUUGCCGACGAUGACGAUGUCGACACCUACGCGAAGACAUACAUUCAAAAGGACAUCGAAGCACCCAAGCCCUACGGUUCUUCGUUCAUAGCGUUCACACUCUUCACCUCCACAUCCGGUGCUUCUACCCUUGUAUUCCGCAUCUCACACGCACAGUACGAUGAGAUCUGUCUGCCGUUGCUCUUCGAUCAGCUCUCAGCUCUGUACGCAGACACCGCUGUCCCGGAAACCGUGGCAUUCAGCAAACACGUAAACCACGUUGUGCUCAACAACAUCCCCCAAAGCAUCCCCUACUGGCAGCAACUCCUCUCAAAUUCACAAAUGUCUGUUCUCAAGCCAGAUAUCCCACUCACGCACCGCAAGGCCGCAGACAUCUAUCUCGAAUUCGACAUCUCCUCCCGUCCGCAGAACAUUACCAUCGGUUCGCUCCCAACCGCCGCUUGGGCCAUUGUUCUCGCACGUCGCCUCAACAUCAAAGAUGUCGUCUUCGGCGAAGUCGUCACAGGCCGAAACAUCGGCGCCCCAUCCGCUGAUCGCAUCUUUGGCCCAACAUGGCAGUAUAUUCCUUUCCGUGUGCCUUUCAAAUCCGGUUGGACACAUCUCGACCUCCUAAACUUUGUGCAAAAGCAGCACAUCGAGUCUGCAGCGUAUGAGGGCAUGGGUCUCGCCGAGAUCGUGGAAAACUGCACGACGUGGGAUCCCAAGGAGGUGACAUGGUUUGAUACAGUGGUACACCAGGCGCCGCAAUGGGUCGAGGAACUGCCAUUUGGUAGUGGGGUAGAGGCCAAGUUUGAGACGUUGUACCCGCAUGCAGAGCCUUUGAGGGAGUGGAAGUGUCAGGCUUUCGUCAAAGAUGGAGGGAAGAAGUUGGGAAUUGAGAUUGUCACUUUCGAGGAAUGGAUUCCUGUUGCGAAGGAGGUACUGCAGGAAGUUGGGAAGGCGCUGGGAAGCCUCAUGGCGGGUAAGGUUGGGGAGAGGAUCUUUGAGGACGUUGAUGAGGUUUCUAGGGAGGUUAAGGAACCCACUUUGGAGGACUUUGAAGGUGUGAUGUAA